GGGGUUUCUCCUGACCCCGGUGUGCCGCCGCUCCGCCGCGGCGCGUGGCCACGCUGCUCAAGUGGUCGAGCCUCCACGCUGGCCGCGGUGCGGGCUUGUAGGGCCGCCCGGCGGAGGGGAUGGGCGCAUCCUACACGCUGCUGGGCGUGGUGGUGCUGCUGGCGGCGCUGCUCUUCCACAACCGCCUGGACGUGGCGCAGCGGGUGCACGAGGCCUUCCCGGGCGAGCCCAGUGAGCUCCGGCCAGUGGUGUGGGCCAACGCGCUGCAGAGGCUGGGCGGCUCGGGCAACCAGGGCGCCUGCUGCUACGCGGCGGACUGGAAGAAGCUCGGCGCGAUCUUCUGCGGCGCGGGCGUGGGCGUCGGUCCGGACGCCAUCCCGAUGCUGGGCCAUUGCACCGCCUACAUUCAGGGCCGCACUGAGUUCCCGAUCAAGUCCUUCCGGCGGGGCGGGUACGCCGGGAACCUGACGCAGCGGAGAGACGGUGUGUACCUCAUCAAGGAAAUCGAGGUCAGAUCGGACGGCGCAGAGGACGACGCGAGCUGCAGGGCCAUCAAGGGCUGCUCGGCGGCGAAGGGCGGGGACAGCCACUGCCGCGAGCUUCGGAAGAGGCUCGAGGAGUGGUGCUGAGGUGGCCAACAGCGAUGGGCCAUUUAGACCAGCAUAACACGGUGCGCUGCCAUCACAGAUUUCGCACGGGUUGUUUAGAAUACGCUGCAGGGGAUGGAAAAAGUCACGUCGCCAGCGAUCUGGGGGCUCGCCCUCCCUCGCGGGCAGAGGGGCCCCGUCCGCCUCAUCACGGCGGCCGGCGGCGGACCCCGCGCCUGCCCAGGCCCGCCCGGGCCGGGCAGGGAGCCCGCGCCUCUCCAAGACCUGGCGGCCGGCGGCGCCAGCCGCGCCUCUCGCGGAGAAAAGGGGCGGGAUCGUGCUGAUGCUCGUCAUCGGAGCAGGAGGAUCUCGACAUGCUCGCGUCG